UCCAAGGAUAGCCCAAACUUGGAGACCGCCGCGUAAUGGACACGUUUUCCAGCAUGCUGCACCGGAGAAAAGCGCAAAUGGAGAUAAAUGAAUAAAAGUAUUUCUUCAGUGCCAUGAGAAUCUGGAAAUAACUUCAGGACCCUUCAAUUUAUGAGUUCCAACAAAAAUGUCUAAGUUGGAACUUUAACAAUGAGUGAUCUCCUUUUGUUCGUGGAAAUAACAGGGUAUGAAGUCCGUAUUAUCAAAUAUUAACGUUUAGUGUAAUUGCGGUUUUCACUCACGUAAAUAAGUGAAGUACUUUGGAGUCUUCACAUAGGCUACGCACAGGAACAAUGUGUACCAGACGCGAUCAUUCAGGAUGCUUCAAAUGAACCCGUUCCGUCUGUAAGAUGAAUUGUAGUCCCAGGUUCUGACAUGAGAUGAAUCCAAAACAGUUGGCAGCAGCGACUAAAUAGCAGUCUCUGGAGGCAUUUCCUAAAUCAAAGUUCAUUUGAGAAUGAGGAACAAGUAUGCAGUCAUCAUUAUCAGCAUUGUGGCACUUGUCAUCAUUGAGAAAGAAAACAACAUUAUUUCAAGGGUCUCGAACAAGCUGACACUUAGACGGAGCCCACAGACGGAGCCUCCAGUGCCCUACAAUGCUUCCAGUGACAAUGGUUCUUAUCCAGAGGACAUGUUUGCUGAGAACAGCAUUCAGGCAGGCCGAAAGCACAUCCUCUUGAUGGCUACCACUCGUACAGGAUCUUCCUUCGUGGGCGAGUUCUUCAACCAACAGGGUGGCAAUAUGUUUUACCUCUUUGAGCCUCUCUGGCAUGUGGAGAGGAUGCUAUCAAUUGGCUCGAGUGGCACAAAUGCCAGCACUUCUGUUUUUGUGUAUAGGGAUGUCCUGCAGCAUCUCUUUUUGUGUAAUUUCUCCAUGUUGGAGCACUUCAUCAGCCCUACUCCGCAGGACCACAUCACCCCUGCUCUGUUCCGCAGAGAGUCCAGCAAGGCCCUCUGUGAGGACCAAGUCUGCUCUCCAGUUGUAAAAGAUGUUUUUGAGAGGUACCACUGCAAGACGAGACGUUGCGGGCCGCUCAAUCUGACCUUGGCAUCCAAGGUGUGCUUACGAAAACAGCACAGGGUGAUCAAAACAGUGAGGGUCCAACAAUUAGACACACUUCGUUCUCUAGUAGAUGACCCUCGGUUGGAUAUCAAAUUCAUUCAGUUGGUUAGAGACCCUAGAGCCAUCCUAGCAUCAAGGAUGGUGGCCUUUGCCAGUAAGUACCAGAACUGGAAAAGUUGGGCUGUGAAUGGAGAUGUUCCUAUAGAGGACGAAGAGGUCAAACGUGUCGAAGGAAACUGUAACAAUAUCCGCAUCUCUGCCGAGUUGGGCUUGAGUCAGCCGAAAUGGCUGAAAAAUCGUUAUAUGCUAGUGCGUUAUGAGGAUAUCGCCAGGUACCCCAUGCAGAAAGCAGCAGAAAUGUACAAUUUCACAGGGAUUCCGAUGACGACACAAGCACGGGACUGGAUUCUCAAAAACACGCAUGCAUCAACUGAGGCAAGUGGUGUGUAUUCCACCCAAAAAAACUCUUCAGAACAGGUGGAGAAAUGGCGGCUUAGUAUACCGUUCAAACUGGCCCAAGUUGUACAGAAAGUUUGUGGACCAACCAUGAAACUUUUUGGGUAUAGGUUUGUAGACAGUGAACAGACACUAUUGAACAGAUCUUUUAAUUUGCUUGAAGAAAAACUAUUUAUUUAGGCAUAGAUUACAUUUUUUGAUGCAUACAUUAUUACAGGAAAACCAAGCAUGAAAUUUGACAUGGUUUUAUGUGGAUGUGGACUAAAAACAUGCAUAGCAAAGGCACACUGGCACACUGGGAUGUUGCUUAUACUGAGGUACUUGUGGCAUGCAUCACCUGACUUAUUUGAACAUAAAGCCUAACUGAGAUUAUGAGUGACUGAUUGUAGAUGCCAUACAGUAUGAAAAACAAAGUUUGAUGAGGACAAAAAUCAUCCAUACUCAUUAGAUGAGACAUGAUCUGCCUGUGAAUGUGUUUAUGUUUCUGUGUAUCUGAAAACAGUGUUUUGUUUUGUUUUUUCUCAAAAAAAAACUAAAGUAUCAUUAUUACUCAAAAAGGGAAGAAAAACAAGUGUACGUUUUAUUUAUGUGUUGUGCUGCUGCAAGAGUAAUGUGUGGUCAGCAGAGUCAUUUCAAAUUCCUUUGCUGAAAUUAAAGCCCAAAAUUAGCAGUCAGAAAGUCACAUUAUAUGUAAGACAUAUAUAUUCAUUUAUCUGGAUAUUACCAGAUAUUAACUGAGAAAAAAUGUCCACUGUGUGAAGAGGCAGUAUAAAAGGCAGCUUUUGACAGCCAUCUGUGAUCCCAGGGGAUCAAUGUGGCAUUCUCUAAAAAAAAACUGAAGCGCAGAAUAGACCUUUGUCCAUGCACAUUUUUAAAUCUGUUUAAUAUUUUAAACUUUUUAAAAACACAAAAACAGAAUAUGACUUAAUAUUAAAAUUAAAAUUAACAUAAGUUUAUGCUUAGGAACUUUCACUAAAGUUAAUAGCAAUUUAAUUAGAAUAACUAAUUUUAAAGACUCAACUCAUUUCUAGUGCCUGUAUGGUUUUUCACAUAUAAAUAUGGAUCAAAAUACUAAACAGCAACAGCAAAAUACAAAAAAAAAAAAUUCCAAGGUCAUCUGCUCUUUGCCCAUGCAGGCAUAGUAAACAAGAGAAAAAGCAGCACCAGUUUCUUUAGCAACACCACUCUGCAACCUUCAGUGUUCUCUGGCUAGAUUAUUGGUAGACACUUGAAAAGCAUACUGUAGCAUUCUUAAAAUAGCUGGCUGGCAUUUAGUUUCAGCUAAGGCCCUAAUAUCAAAGCUAUUUCAAACAUUACACAUUUUAUUUUUAGAAUGACCAUUUGUGAAUUAUUGUUAAAAAACACAUGAAGUCUUAUAUGACAUAAAUAUGAAAUCUACAUGGACAUUCUCAAAAUAUAAGAGACUGGGAACAGUGAUAUUCCCUUUCGAACUGUCUAACCAGUUGCAUUCUAGCUAAGGCUGUGCAGGAUCUCCGUCUGGCUUGGUCAGCCCCAGAAGAGCCCGCCCAUGGCCUCCUCAAUGAGUGGUACCUGAAGGGAUGCCGUCAACAUUCCUCCCGCUAACGGCCUGCUCUGUUCCUGCAGGCAGUUCACAAGGAACACACCAGGAUGUGGCAUGCCCCCUACCCUGGGCGUGUUAAUCCCUCUACUUCCACCUCUUUCACCACUGUUGACGGCACUGAAAGUUAUAGCAAACUCCCUGCUCUGGAAGAGGUCGCUGCACAUCUGUGCCCUCCAUCGGCCUUGGGGUUGAAAGCUCAUGCAGCACAUCCAUCUAAGCCCAGCUUGACUGCCUCAGCCCAAGCAAACAGGGCUUACUCAGCAACUGACCUGGCUCUGCUCGCUACUAAGGCCACACCACAGGCAGUUGGCAAGGUCAUGGCCAAUUUGGUGGUGCUGAAGCACCAGUUUUAGCUGAAUUUGACAGACAUCAGGAAUGCUGAUAAGGUUGCCUUCCUAGACUCACCAGUCUCUGGGAAUGGUUUGGCCACAGAAGUCAUCACAGGCAAUGCGUCACCCCUGCCAAAGCACUCCAGUGUGGCGGCUGGUUUAAGUCGCUAGAAGGCUCCAUCUGCUUAGCAGCACCCCUGGAAGGCGAAACGCUACCCAUUUCUGAAGCGCCAAGGUCCUUGCCCCAGAGUGACAAUGGAUCCUGAGCCUCAGAAGCCAUCACAAUCCGAACAAAGAGAGGAAGAGGAGAGGGUCAGUUCUUGCAGAGGCCACAACUCCCUCCAAGAAAACUUGCAUUCACAUGAUUGUUAAUUCCCCACCCCCAUGCAGCAAACUACCAUUCCAAAAACUAGAAUCACUUGCCAUCCGUCUUCAGGCUUAGAAAGAUAUCAGGAUGUGUCAAGUUGGGUUUUAAAAACCAUAGAAUGAGGUUACUUGCUUCAGAGGUAUAAUUCAGACUUCAGGACAGCAAUGCUCACGUUCUCCGGUCCAAAGUACAAACACUGUUUUCAAAAUGAGCCAUGAAAAUGAUUCCUCUAGUGAACAGUGAGUCAAGUUUUUACAGAUGUUAUUUCCUCAUUCCCAAGAAAGAUGGCGGGCUCAGACCCAUUCUCGAUCUCUCUUUCCCCUCAGAUGGGAAUCCGACGACUGGCUGGUUUUUGCCAGGUCAGAACGGGAACUCAGCCACCUGGAGCGCCUUAGAGUAAGAAUCAAUUUAGCCAAGAGCUCCUUGUCUCGCAGCCAGCGAGUGGUCUUUCUGGGGACAGUUAUCGAUUCUGACUUCACAUCCCCUCAGGGCUUUCCAGUGGAUGCUCGGCCUCAUGUUGGCUGUUUCCACUGUGAUUCCUCUGGGCCUGUUCAACAUGCAGCCCCUUCAGUACUGGCUCAAACCCCAUGUCCUGUCCCACGCUUGGCUCCUGGAAUGUUUUCAUCUCAGGGUAACCCAACGCUCCAUCAGAGUCGUGAUCCCUUGGAAAACCUCUCGCCUGUUUCAAUCAGGUGUCCCAUUGGAACUGACCUUCAGAAGGAAGGUGGUCAUGACAGAUGCCUCCAACUCGGGUUGAGGAGCUCUGCACGAGAGCAGACCGGUGUCCGGCUCAUGGUCAAACCAGGAUCAGGGCUUACACAUCAACUGCCUCAAGGUAAUGGUGGUUUUUCUGGCCCUAAAAACCUUCCUGCUGGCCUUAACCCUUUAACGCAUAUGAUCACACCAGUGUGAUCACCCCUAGGCUGGUCCCUGGAGUGUACGAUCACACCGGUGUGAUUAGAACGUUCAGUGCGUCACGUUAUCAACUGCUGAAUUCAAAUCUGCUUUCGCACUUUUCCUGGCGCUGAGUCAGAGACGGACACACUGAGCGCUUGUCAUAUUAUAACAACAAUUCAGGGUUUUCAACCAUAUAAUGUUUCUUUUAGGUUUCAGAAAUCUAAAUACACAUAAGUACUAGCAAAACUAUACAUUUAUAGUUUGUAAAAUACACACCGAUGUCUAUGGAAGUGGCAAUAAUAAUCCAUUCAAUUAUAAUUUGACGACAUGUUUUAUUGAUAUCAUAUACACAUUGUGUAGGUAACUUUAAAGUUUAGUCUACUCACAGUUCACCAGAAACUUACUAUAAUGUCUUUUGGGAGGAGAGGAUGAAUUUACGUGUUGUAAAUCCCACAGCUCAGAUUCAGCGCAAACUAACAUUGCAGCGCCCAUCACCCACUAGAGAUCAAUUAACAUGGUCAUUAUAAAGGUGUUUAAACUACCAAAUACAUUUACUUUCACAUAUUUGAGAAUCAGAAUAUCACAUAUUUCAUACAAUAGUGAACAUGUUAAUGAAUAUUUAAAAAAAAGGAAAAAUUAAAUAAAGUGAUGCAUGUUUCAUACAGCGCAAUUUAGGCUGUGGUGUGUCAUGUGACAAACAUGACAAGUCUCCAUGGAAACAGUAAAGCGAUACAUUCUAAAAAAAAACAGUAGCCUAAAAAAACUCAAGCUGGGGGCUCAGAUAGUAUAUUUUAAACUCACGUGUGAAGGGGUUAAGGGGGCACCACACCCUGGUCUGUUCUAAAAACAUGACGGUGGUAGCCUUUAUCAAUCACUAAGGUGGUCUUAGGUCACGCUCCCUUCACAGGUUGACUCGAUGCCUCCUUUUAUGGGCACAGGGUAAACUCCUCUCAUUGAGAGUAGUUCAUGUGCUGGGCAAACAGAACCGGGGACAGACAUGCUGUCCAGGGUUCAAAUGAUUUGGUCUGUCUUCGGGAGAGCAGAGGUGGACAUCUUCACCUCAGAAGACAAUUUUCACCGCCCAAUCUACUUUUCGAGACAGCGAGAUGCCCUGGCCCACAACUGGCUCAACGCUCGUCUGUAUGCCUUCCCUGGUUGCCCUGCCC